AUGGGUGCUAAUUCCACCGCUUGGUUGGCGAAAGAUACAUCUUGUUGGCCCUGGCAGUCGAACAGAUAUGUAACCGUGAAGAUCACGAACUCUGGUGCUGAGGAGAAGAAGGCCGCGGAAGAUGAACUACAAAUAUCGCAACAUAUUUCCGGUCUGCGGUCUGAGCACGAAGGUCGUGCGUAUGUCAGACUGGUUCAAGAUUCGUUUCAAAUACAAGGUAUCCUUGGAGACCAUCUCUGCUUGGUCUUUGAGCCAUUAAGGGAGCCGAUUUGGCUUCUAGGACGACAUCUUGGAAGUAAAGGGGUGCCUCCACAGGUUCUUAAAGCUUUCUUAAGAGUUAUAUUGUGUGGCCUGGAUUUUCUACAUUCUGAAUGUCAUGUCAUACACACAGAUCUAAAAGCCGAUAACUUCCUCAUCGGAUUCGAGGAUACUACCGUCCUUGAUCAAUACGUCCGCCAGCAAGAACUCCAUCCCACUCCGCAUAUUCUUCGGAAUGGGCGCCCUGUUUUCGAAUCUCGGAACGACUUUGGGCCACUCAAGAGGGGAGUAGGCUUGCUGAGGAUUUCCGAUUUCAGUGCUGCCGUUUUCGGAAAUGUAUCGACUCCGCACAACCAUGACAUACAGCCUCAACCAUUCUGUGCCCCUGAGGUUCUGCUAAAGGCUGGUUGGUCGUAUAGUGCUGAUAUUUGGAAUUUGGGGACAGUACUUUGGGAACUAUUUGCCGAUGCGACGCUUUUUGAUGGAUUAUCCCACGAACGCGAGGGAUAUUCCCGGGAGGUACACAUCGCCCAGAUGAUACGGCUUUUGGGGCCUCCUCCCGCACAGUUCCUGAACAAAUGUGAUCCGCAUAUACGCAAUGACCUGUUUUCGCCUCAAGGGACGUUCAAGUUCCCUGAGUUGCUUCCAUCGGAAGAAUUUAAUUUCUCCAAUAUGACGCCCUUCUUACAGGGAGAGGAUCAACGUCUGUUCAUUGAUUUCGUUCGUAAAAUGCUCCAGUGGGAACCGGAGCGUCGGUCGAGUGCGAAAGAGCUUUAUAACGAUCCUUGGCUUUACUAUAAUCCUUGAUUAUAUGGUAUCUAAUCAUGAUAUGCUUGGAUUCUAGUAUAUUGUAGUAUGGUCACAUUUAUGGCAUAAUU